AUGGCGUGCUUUCAGGGCUGUUGGCCCUUCCUGCGGCCAUUCGAUAACUCCGUGGAGUCCCGAAGCCCGAGCCUACGGAUUUUGACGGCCAACGACAUUUAUCGACGCUGGGCGGAUCGAGACCUGAACGCUUUCCGAUGCUCCGGAGCCUUUGUCAAGGCGGUGAGGGGUUCUGGGGUCAGACGCAGUGAGUUCACGGUGGUCGAACGUCGAUUGAGAAAGGCUCCGAGGUUGAGCCUCACGAAGAACGGCGGCGCCAGCAAGUUCGUACUGCCUGGGGACUUGCUGGGCGGAUCAUUGUUCGCCAACCUGCAUCAAGGGGAGUCGGUGAUUGACCUGCUGACGCGUGGAGCAAGGUUGGGGAACCACGAAUUCGACUUUGGCGCUGAACGCACCAAAGAGCUCAUGAACAAGUCGAGCUUCCCCUGGUUAGGUCACAAGCCCCUCUUCCACACCACCCUGGAUUACGACGUCUUCCCCAUCUCCGUCGGAGCGGAGAACCGCACGGUGUUGGUGGGCGUCUUCGGGCUUUGCACGGCGGCCACGCCGCAGCUCUCACAGAAAGAGGUGGCUUUUGAACAGCCGCAUGAGCAUGGGCGACGCUGCGUCGGGGCAUUGCGUGAGAAGGGCUGUGAGUUCAUCAUCGCGCUCACACACUUGUCAUUAGUGAACGACAAGGAGUUGGCGGAGAGCUGCCCGGGCAUCAACGUGAUUCUGGGAGGCCAUGACCAUGACCCCUUUUUUCUAGUGCAUCGCGGCGUCUUGAUCGCGAAGUGCGGGCAGAAUGCCGAUCACCUGGGAGUCUUGGAUUUGCAUUUGGCCUUCACUGGGCCCAACCAUUCCCUGCAGGCGGAGCAUUCCUUCCAAUUCCUCAACACUUCCAGCGCCAGCGCCGACCCUGAGGUGGCCAAGAUCGUUGAGAAGUGGAACGCGCAAGAUGGAGAAGAUGAAACCGCCACUCGCCGUGCGCUGGGAAGCGCACCGAGGUCCUCGCGCACCAAUGAGCUCCGAACUCGAGAGAACUCCUUCGGCGGCCUCGUCGCAGACGCCAUGCGCUGGACCUUCCGCCACCAGGGAUGCCAGGGUGCGAUCAUCAACGGUCGCUCGGAGCAGACCGGAAGAGAGAUCGAGGCCCAAAAGCUCGGAGCAGGUGGCUUCGUGCGACACGACCGGAUCUACCUGCCUGGGACCCGGUCGCAGAUCAACGAGGAGAUGCCCUUCAACAAGCGGAUCGCCCUGCAGCGCUUGAGCGGCCAGCAGCUGCGACGAGGACUCGAGGAGAUGCUCCGCUCGACACCCACGCCAGUGGCCUGCUUCCCGCAGAUCUCAGAGGGGAUGCACUUGGUCUAUUCGCCUGAAGCGCCCGCCAUGGAGAAGAUCAAGUCCUUGAAGAUCAACGGCUCCGAGGUGGAUCCUCAACGUGAGGUGACUCGGAUGGGACUGCUGAGGAUCGCGGUGAGCGAGUUUUACACCUUGGUCGCGGCGGACGGCGUCACCACCUUCCACGACACGCCGGUGCUGGAGCUCUAUGAGGGCCUCAUCCGCGAGGCUGUGGCCGCUCGGACCUUUGGGCGGCUCAGGACGACUUCGUCGUGGCGAGCAGGGCGUUUUCUCCGGUCGGACGGCGGUGCCGAGUGGGGCGGAUGGGCCUGGGUGGCGCAGCGGACUGGAUGGUGGUGCAGCUCGUUGGCCGAGACGCUCCUGGCCGGUGAAAAACGAUCUUCACAGUUUUUGGGGCAACAGGUCAGCUACCUGCAUGAGAAGAAGGCCUGGAUAAUGGGACCCGACAACAGCCUCAACCCCCCAAACGUGAUGGAUGAAACGCACACUAUCUUCCUGUUAACGAACUUCUACAAUCCACCCGAAGAGGCUGAGGAGCUGAAGAACGAGAAGCCGGACGGAGACCAGGCGAGAAGCGGCGAAGCCCGACGGCGAGCCCCACCUUCUGUGGGGUAG